GAGCAUUGCUUUGGCACACUACAUUUCAAGAGCGCCCAGUUGAUCUGGCGCAGCUGUGUGCACUGCAGCCGACGCCAAGUGGCGCGCCAGACGGCGCAGCCGCAGCAGAACAGGCGCAGACAGACACAGCAGCAGCCAUGGCAGACGAAAAACCUAAGGAGGGAGUGAAGACGGAGAACAAUGAGCACAUCAACCUAAAGGUGGCAGGGCAGGAUGGCUCAGUGGUGCAGUUCAAGAUCAAAAGGCACACUCCUCUCAGCAAACUGAUGAAAGCGUAUUGUGAACGACAGGGGCUGUCAAUGAGGCAAAUACGGUUUCGAUUUGAUGGUCAGCCCAUCAAUGAAACAGACACACCCUCGCAGCUAGAAAUGGAGGAUGAAGACACGAUUGAUGUGUUCCAACAGCAAACCGGAGGCUCUUCUCUUUAAAGACUGUUUCCUACGAACAUCCCUACCUCCCCUCUUCAUCCCAGAACAUGUUUGUUAUGCCCAGUCUUCAAAUGUUCAUGACCAGUGUUGAUACCAUCCAGUGGAAUACUUUUUCAAAAUGCUGGAAGACAGCAGCACAGUUGGUGUAGAUAGAUUUUAUCACACUGUCAUUCAUGUGUUAACAUUUCUGAACUGCGCAUUGUAGACAACUUGUAAGCUGCAGUGAGUCUAAUGUGCCGAAGAAAUUAAAAGCUUGUCAUGA